UCAGCGUCGUGUGAUUCGGCUGCAGACUCAGCGUCGCAGCCGCUGUACUUCAUGUCGGGACCUUCUGUGAACGAGCGCUUCCUGGUCAACCGCAAUACAAAAGCCGCACUAGGACCUUUCGACGGACGGAACGCGGCUGUCUUCCGCUUCCAAGGGGAUGAAUUUCUUGUCACUACCCUGGCACACUAUGUGCCUGCAUUCCCGUCCGCUCUCCGUCACCAGUUGUACCUCCGAGAAGACUACGGUUACGGCGAGGACGACUUCACGCGUUGGCCUCAGCAGUACAGUGCUCAGUACUGUCAUUUGGCUGCUAUACGCAGCCCCGACCCUGCCUCUGACGAAUUUGGCAUCGCGUGGUGGAAGAUGACCCCUGACGCUUUUGUCACCAAGUCAGGGGAUUCGACUCUUACACCUGGCCUGGGUCUCUUGCGCAGCGACAAAUGGGAGGCCCUCAAGUUGCUAGUGGGAUCGCUUUCCCACCGAGGCUCAACCAUGCAAGCACGACAAGGAGGUGCUGCUCCUCGCAUCCUCGCUGCACUUCUCGCUGCAAUUCAAUCGGGCCUUGAGCGACUGCGGUCUAUCCCUACCAAUCUGGCUCAGCUUACACUAUCAAUCGCACGGCUUCAGUUCGCUGUCCUGGAAACGGAUGCGAUCAUACAGUACAUGAACGUCUAUCACCCUCGUAUGCUCAAACCGGCAGCGCAGCCCACUUGCCUGGCACCGUGCAUUGGCGCGUAUACGUCGGAUCCCUCGGUGGCUCAACAGUUUCAUGCUGCCGGCCUUCCCUGUUGGUACAUCCGUCCGAGUGGAGCUUUUGUACGAGAGAACAUCUGGGAACUGGUGGAGCAAGUCGAUCCUUCUCAGCAUCUUGUGCUCCAACCACAUCCUCGGUUCACUGAACGAUUCGAGACCUCGAACAACACGGAGAGGAAGAUCAGUUUUAUCCACCAGUCAACAAUGAUCAAGUCGUGCUAUCGAGAUCCAUUUGAUGACGGGGACAGUGCCAGAGGCGACAGCUCUACCUCGGCUAGCACUGUGUCAGGUAGUAGACCGGAUGUCGUCAAUGCACCUUCACAAGCUGAUCGACGCUGGAAUCCAUACAAACAGCCUGCUGCCCGUCCAUCGCCGAAAGAAUCAGCAGGGCGGAACAAGUUCGAGCCCCUUCGAGACCGCCCAGGAAUGCCGGACGAGAUAUACACUUGGGUCAAUGCGCUCAAGUCCGUGGAUCGCUCCAACCACCCUCGAUACAAUCCUGGCCCGAGAGACUCGUACUACCUCUUGCCUGAGCCGGCUCUGCUUCUGUCUCCGGACAGGGAGGAGAGUCGACUGCAGCGCAUCUUUCACUUCAUGUUACUACGAGACGCACUUGAGCAUCGAUUCCACCAUGUGGAAGACGCCAAGGAUCUUCUGCUCUCGUCACAAGAGUGGAGAGAGGUGUUGGCCGGAAAAGUAGUCGAGACUGGCCGUCGUGAAACCAAAUCUCGUCAGAGAACAGCCGCCAUAGAAAAGGUCUUGGCGCCAGCGUUGGCAGCCUGUGGCAUUGACGGUCGCUCACUCCCGGUUCCAUUGGCGGAAGUCCCUCCCUGUUCCAAGUAUCGCAUGCGGGAGAUCAUCUGGCAGCUGGGACAAGCACAGUUCCGUUUUGAGCUCAUGGCCCUCGACCGCAGGGCCAGCGGAUUGUCUCGUGAAGCUCAGUGCAUGUCUUGUUUUCCAAGCGGGGCUUUGAUCGCCAUUGAGCUGAAGGAGAGCAAGAUGGGGAUGUGCUCGACCAUGCUUCGCGAUCGACUGCCCUAUCUGCGGUCGUUGUUGAACCUGAUGCACGAUUGGCGGGGUCUGGAUCAAAAAAACCUCGAGCGGUACAGGGGGGCCUACACACAGGACGAAUGUCCAUUUGGAAACAUCCAGUCGCUGGAGAAGUUUGUGUCCCGUAUCUAUUGCCAACAGUUCUACGAAUACUUUGGACGCGCUGCUGUUAUCCCGACUCGACUGGAACAUGAUAUUGCCACUAUGUAA